AUGCUCACCCGGGUCAAGUCUGCAGUGGCCGGGUUCAUGGGCGGAAUCAUGGCCGGGGGCAGCUCCGGCGGAGGGGGCAACGCUGGCUCCGAGCUGCCGCUGAAAUACCCGUAUAUGAGAGCCGACUUCCUCGGGCUGUCCCCGGAUGAGAUCGAGUGCUCUGCGGACCACACAGCUCGACCCAUCCUCAUCCUGAAGGAAACGAGGAGAUUACCGUGGGCCACCGGAUACGCCGAGGUGAUUAAUGCUGGUAAGAGUGCACUGAAUGAGGACCAGGCCUGCUGCGAGGUGGUCGUAGCGAGAAGGAGGCCGAUGAGCUACUGCCCUCCCUCCACGCCCAGCAAGACCCCCACGGCCAAGAGACGCAACUCCCUGCCCAAUGGAGAGGGCCUGGGGCUCCGUAUGGAGCACAACAAGCUGGGAGAGGACAGUGAAGGACUGGUGUUCCACUACUGGGCCUUGUUCGACGGCCACGCUGGCUCAGGUGCAGCAGUUGUUGCCUCCCGACUGCUGCAGCACCACAUCGCCUGCCAGCUCCAGGCCGUCAUCGAGAUCCUACGAAACCUAUCCUCCCUGCCCCCGACUGUCCUGGGUGAGGAGCCCGACAGCAACCCCUACCUCCAGGGGAACACCCCAGGCCCUCACCGAUCCCUGACCCGGGCCGCUUCCCUGCGCGGGGCCGCAGGUGCGCCAGGUUCCCCGUGCAACACCCCGCCUCCAACUCGCUUCUUCACGGAGAAGAAGAUCCAGCAUGAGAGUCUGGUGGUAGGAGCCAUAGAGAACGCCUUUAAAGAGAUGGAUGCCCAGAUUGAGAGGGAGAAGCAAGUCUUUCACAUCACAGGAGGAUGUACGGCUCUCACUGUGGUCUACCUGCUAGGGAAACUAUACGUUGGGAAUGCAGGUGACAGCAGGGCUAUCAUUAUAAGAAACAAUGAGAUCAUUCCCAUGUCUACAGAGUUCACACCAGAGUCAGAACGACAGCGACUCCAGUUCCUGGGUUUCAUGCAGCCUCACCUGUUAGGAAAUGAGUUCACGCACCUGGAAUUUCCCCGGAGAGUUCAGAGGAAGGAGGUUGGCAAGAGGAUGCUUUAUAGAGAUUUCACCAUGAACGGAUGGGCAUACAAGACCAUUGAGGAUGAAGAUCUCAAGUUUCCAUUGAUAUAUGGUGAAGGGAAAAAGGCACGAGUGUUGGCUACCAUCGGUGUGACCCGUGGGCUUGGUGACCAUGACCUCAAGGUUCAUGACUCCAACAUCUACAUCAAACCGUUCCUCUCCUGUUGCCCCGAGGUGAAAGUAUAUGACCUGAUUCAGUAUGAGCACGGAGCUGAUGAUGUUUUGGUGAUGGGAACCGACGGCCUCUGGGACGUCCUCUCCAACCAGGAAGUAGCUGAAGCCGUCACCACAUUCCUGGCCAAUUGUGACCCCGAUGACCUACACAGGUAUACCAUGGCGGCACAAGACCUGGUGAUGCGAGCGCGUGGCGUGCUGAGAGAUCGAGGCUGGAGGAUCACCGAUGAGCGUCUGGGCUCCGGGGAUGACAUCUCUGCCUUCAUCAUACCGCUGAUGUACGGCAACCAUCAGCCCUGA